AUGGAGAUCCAUGCCGCCGGGGAAGUGGGCGACGUGAUUGUUGGCGGCGUUCUGGAUGCCCCAGGAAAGACAAUAUUUAAUAAGAUGAUGUACUUCUGGAAGAAUGCAGACGGAAUUCGACAACUGAUGUUGAAUGAGCCGCGUGGUCGCCCCUCGAAGAACGCGAACCUCAUUCUGCCUCCUUGCGAUCCCCGCGCCGAUGCAGGGUUUAUUAUAAUGGAAAGCGAAGAAUAUCCACCUAUGUCUGGUUCCAACACAAUUUGUACCACGACUGUCUUGCUGGAAACUCGCAUGGUUGAAAUGCAGGAACUAAUUACAAUACUCAAUUUGGAUACUGCGGCCGGCUUAGUCUGCGUCACUGCAGAAUGUGCAUUAGGUAAAUGCAAGACAGUUGCCUUUGACAACAUACCCGCGUUUGUUUUCCAGCUCGACUUGGAAGUGGACGUUCCCGACAUCGGCAAAGUUCUGUGUGAUAUCGUCUGGGGUGGAAUAAUGUUCGCAAUCUUCGAUAUCAGCCAGAUAGGGCUGGCUAUCGAUUCCGAGAAAAUCAAACGUGCUGUGCAACAAACCAUCCAACCUGUCCAUUCCGAAAAUCCAGAAAUUAAAGGGGUGACAUGUCUCGUCUUUACGGAACUAUUGCAGAACGAUGUCGGGGAAAAGACAGCACGCAACACUACUGUUGUAUCUCCGGGACGCCUCGACCGAAGCCCCUGUAGAACAGGUAUAUGUGCCCGCAUGGCUCAACUACAUGCUCGAAACGAGUUGUCGAUCGGAGAAUCUUUCCGACAUGUGAGUCCUAUUAGUACAGAAUUCAUUGGCACAAUCCGUGGAACUAGCAAGGUUGGCAAUUACGACGCCAUUCUUCCUACCGUUAAAGGAAGUGCUUGGAUCACAAGUUAUCAACAAGUAGUUCUUGAUCCAAGCGACCCGUUCCCGGAGGGAUUCCGAGUUGGUGAUUCGUGGCAUGUGUCAAAAUAA